AGUUGUUGACCUGUUGAAUAACUCAGUUAGCUCCUGUUCACCGAGCACUGGUGACAGUUGUGCUACUCCCCGUCUGCCGCUGCGCACUCGGUGAUCAGGCCGCUCUCAGGGCUCCCCAACCGGGGUAUGCACCACCAUGUUCGACCUAAACGGCGGCUGGAACUUGUCAUUCGCCGGGUGCGGGUUUUUGGGAAUUUACCACAUCGGGGUUGCCAGCUGUCUGCUGGAGAAAGCGCCCUACCUGCUGAAAGGGGCCACCAAGCUGUACGGAGCCUCUGCCGGUGCUCUGACCGCCGCGGUGCUCGCCAGCCAGGCUUCAAUAACUAAAUGUUGUGAAGAUGUGAUCGAGGUGGCAAAAGAGGCCAGGAAGAGGAACCUGGGCCCCCUUCACCCUACCUUCAACCUGGUCAAGGUGAUCAAGACUGGCCUGAAUCGUGACCUUCCUUCUGACGCACACAUCCUCGCCUCGGGGCGGCUGUGUGUUUCAUUGACCAGAGUGUCUGAUGGGGAGAACGUGCUGGUGUCAGAGUUUAGCUCCAAAGAGGAACUCAUACAGGCGCUGAUCUGUAGCUGUUUCAUUCCCAUCUACUGCGGGCUGAUCCCUCCAUCCUUCAGAGGAGUGCGCUACGUGGAUGGCGGGAUCAGUGACAACCUGCCACAGUCAGAGCUGAAGAACACCAUCACUAUCUCGCCUUUCUCUGGUGAAAGUGACAUCUGUCCCCGCGACAACUCCACCAGCUUCCACGAGCUGCGCUUCACCAACACAAGCAUCCAGAUGAACCUGGGGAACCUGUACCGCCUCAGCAGGGCCCUGUUUCCACCAGAACCAAAGGUUCUGGCUGAGAUGUGUCAGAGUGGUUAUAAGGAUGCUCUACGUUUCCUUGAAGAGAACAACCUGCUGAUGCUGGAGCAUCCGACCUCAGGCCUUGCCCCUCCAGAGAGCACGCCCACCUGCUGCUGCAAGCAUACAGAAACCACCAAAGAGUGGGUGCUCCGUAGGCUCCACCUACUACGGAAACAGCACUGGUGGCUGGAUGAGCAGAUUGCUCUGCCUACGCCUAUCAAAAAAGUGUUCUGUGAGGCCUGCCAAGACAAACCUGGCCUGAUUGCCAAGAUUUCCGAGAUGCUGCCAGUGAGAGUGGCCUCCUACAUGCUCAUGCCAUACACACUUCCUGUACAGUCGGCCUACUCAGUGGCCCAGAGGUUUGUGGAAUGGAUCCCAGAGGUGCCAGCUGAUAUGCGCUGGCUAUUUGGGGUUGCAGGUGGCAUGUACCAACAGGCCUGGAAAGGAGCACCAACCAGCUCCAUGAGUGAGCCGUGCCUGAGGAAAUGCACAAGCACACCACCUCUACCCUCAGAGUGUGAUAAAUCCAUGCACAGAAACACCCUGCCUGUUCUCUCCUCCCUGGACCUGCACGGCAGCUACUGGGAGAUCCCCAAAUCUUCCUCCUCCUUGUCCCACCAUCAUUCUCACGUCAUCCCCUCCUCACCACAACAAGUCUGCUUCUUUGUUGGCUCACAGGAUGAACCUUUCAGCCCUGCACAACAGUAAAACGAUUCCCAGGAUGUGAACUUUAACUCUGUGGUCAAAUAUCCACUCUGGAGUGGGUGGUUUGAUAAGUGGUAAACAUUUGAAACCAAUAAGCAAUGGUGUCUAAAUGUUUUAAGGAAACACAUAUUUUUAUGUCUGAAUCUGAACACUCCAGGCAGCACCAAGUAUAUUAUAUUUUAAUGAGUGCUCUGGAAGACAGAGUCGCAGCUUACUCAGGAUCAUGGAUGUGUGUGUAUGACCUGUUUUGAUGUACAGCACAGAAAUGUGUCUAGUUUUACAGUCUAACUACAACCACGCCUACCUGUUUAACAUGUACUCGAAAGUAGCAUUAAUUCCACAUUCCAAUAUACUUAAUUCAGUCGAUUCAUUUGUGUCUACAGGAGUAACGCUAUCUAUCUGUUUGUCCUUUAGAUCAUGUCUGUUUGUUUUCACAGUUGUGAGAUAUCUCCAAGCGCCAUAUGACGACUUUAAGGUGACAUGAUGCAUUUUCUGAUGGCCAUACUGGAGGUUUGCGGGCCUCAUUUCUUAACAUUUUAAAGCUGGAGUGUGGAACUUUUGUCUCCCCUCUCUGGCCAUGAGGGUAAUUGGAUAAAAACUCUUGACAUAAGCUCAUAAGGUAUACCUGCAAGUGAGCUUGCCGCAUCUCCCCUGCCCCUAGGAGCACUCUUUUAUUUACUUUAAUCCCUCCUCUGAAUGCUGAGUUUCUUAUUUUAUCCAAAGCAUCCCAUCCAAAAUUUUGGACACUUAUUAGGAUUUUCCAACCUAGCUUGGUGUGGCUGUGGCUCAGGAGGUAGAGCAGGUUGCCUGCUAACCUGAAGAUUGACCGUUUUAUCCUGGCUCCUCCAGUCCGCAUGUGGUUGAUACUCAACCCUGCAUUUUAACUGAGUAGCAGGUGGCACCUUGAAUAAUAUAGCCUCAGCCACCAGUGUAUAAAUGUGUGUGUAAAUCGGUGAAUGUUUUACGUGUUGUAAAGUAGGGGUGGGAAUCACCAGAAGAUCCACGGUAUGAUAUUGUCACAAUACUUAAGUCACAAUACAACAUUAUUACAAUUUUAAAUAUGUUGCAAUAUACUGAGUAUUGCAAUAAAAUAUAUGGCGAUUUAUUACCUUUUUCAACUGUAAAUUAUUUUCCCGAACGAAAACUUUUAUCAACAUCUGUUUUACCUAAUAAGAUAAAGUUUUCAGUCUGUUCAUCUCACUUCAGUCAUUUUUUGCAGCAGCAAAAUGUAUCUAGUGGACUGAAAAAGCAAUUGAUUAUAUUAUUCUUGUAGGCUACCUGAGGUUUAAUUUGUAUUUGUAAGAUUAAUAAUUUAUAUAAUUAAAAAAAUGAUACUUGGCACUAUGUGGCAAUAUGAUAUUGCCACACAAAAAUAUCGCAAUUCUAUGCUGUUAAUGAGAUACUUGCUACAGUUGCAUUUUUGACUCACCAGCUGUGGUGACACCAACGAUAGUUACAUGCAUAACUUCAAGCUUUAAUAACAUCUAAACAAGUAAGUUAUAUAAAAAAUCCAAACAAACAAAAUACUUUAGUGACAAGAUGUUUCCACAACUGCAGAAUUGAUGGCCAAAAAGUUGUAAUAAACUAAAGUGUCUUUUUACCACGAUGAUGUCAAAGACCAGAUAGUGUACAGCAUCACACAACUCUAAAUAUCAAGACAUAUCUACUAAAAAAAGACAAGUCGCUUUACUCACUGGUCACUAACAUUACUGACCAAUACUUAAUUGCAGGUUAAUAUAGUCUGUUUUCUGUGUGUAAAACAGCAAGACCUCCAUGAAGGACACAAGAACAGAUCCUCCAUAGAGGUCACUGUUAGGACCUCAAUUGCCAAAUGAAACACUGAUGCUGACUGUGCUAACAAAGAUUGUUCAACCAGUGUUAUUGUAAUAUCAGUGUUAUCAGUGCACAUGGUCUAACCUUCAAGUUGUUAAUUUGUUUCAGUCAUUUCUCACUUGAAUGUAAAGGUGUUUUAUUUUACUGUGAUAUUCUUUUAAGAUUAAACCAUUUGAAAUCUUA